AUGUUUGAGGGUGCGGUGGCGGGCAUUCUGAACCGCCUCCUCGGGAAGUACGUUCAAGAUUUGGACACAGAGAACCUCAAUGUGGGCAUAAUCUCUGGUAAAGUCAGCCUCUCGGAUCUCAAACUUAAGCCAGAGGCGCUGUAUGAAUUAGACUUGCCUAUCGAUGUGAAAAUUGGCACGAUCGGUAGUAUCAACUUGCAAAUACCAUGGGCAGGAUUGUAUACCCAACCCGUUGUUGUCCAAAUUGAAGACGUAUUAAUCCUAGUUGGACCAGCAAUCUCCAACAGCUACUUCGACCCAGAAAGGGAGAAGAGACUGACUAGAGCGGCCAAGAGGAAGAUACUGCAGGAUCUUGAAGCUGAAAGCGAGAUUCUGAAAGGGCCGCAGAACUUCUUCGAGCAUUUAUUUACGGCCAUUGUGAAUAAUCUACAGAUUUACGUGAGGAAUGUACAUGUGAGAUAUGAAGAUUCUAUCAGUUCGAAAGACGGGCCGCUGGCCUGUGGUCUUUGUCUUCAGAGUCUUUCCAUUGAGACGACUAAUAGUAAAUGGAAGCCAACAGUGACGCCAGCGAACGCGACUACAGUCUACCAAAUGAUGAAGAUUGAGUCAUUAUCAUUGUACUGGAACCCUACUGCAACGGCGCUGGAUGAUAACGAGACAGCUCAUAUCACGCCGAUGCAGUAUUACAAUUGGAAGCAUUAUAUGCUUACAGGCCUGAAUAAGUUCUCGAUGCAUCAUGAAGACUUUGAGUUCUUACUAAGGCCCGUGACGUGCAAGGUGAAGGUUUUGAUAAAUAGGUCCGGAGAAGCUCGAGUCCCAAGGUUACUCUUAGACGCAGUGCUACAAGACAGCGCCCUGCAGCUGUCGCGAAGACAGUACUUGUCUAUUGACAAUCUUUUGUCCUCGUUUGCCAGGAUUAAACUUAAUAGAAAACACCGCCAUCUCCACCCGGGCGUACCCUUAACAAAAGACAUUAAGAAAUGGUGGCGUUACGCAUACAAUGUGGUGGUCGAACAACGGGUCCGACCUUACACGUGGGCAGCGAUAAAGAAGCACCGAGAGAACUACAACGAAUACAAACAAACAUACAAGAGCACGCUGAGGAGUCCAAAUGAUACAGAGCUGAAGUUAGACUUGCAGAAGUGCGAAGAUAGCCUGCCGAUUAUUUCAGUGGUCAUUGCGAGGGAACAAGCGAAGUUCGAAUUGCUAUCUCAAGAACCAGAUCGUAUAGAAGUAGUGGAAACUGAAAUCGAUUGGUGGCUGCCUGGUUCCGAAGAGGAAAGUGAUUCAGAAGAAAAUAAACGGGUAGAGUUUUGCGUCAAGUCAGAAAGAAGCAAAUCAUUAUGGAGUCACUUGUCUAGUCCUGAAAAGAAACGAGUGUGUGAGCUCAUUGGAUAUGUAGAAGGCGAACAGAAACCGGACAAAUCUAAACAAUAUAUUGAGCAUAAACUAAAUUUGACAUUAGCGAAUUGCUCUCUGACACUGAUGAAUAGAAGCAAGGAAGUGCUAGUUGUAACAUUGACGCAGUUUCUGGCGUCGUUGGAGACACGACCAUCCGCUAAAGCGUUUAAGUUGUCAGCUCGUGCAGAAAGUGCAGUGAUAGAAGGAGCUACAGCAGACGGCGAUUUGGUGCCGCUGCUGAAUAUCGAGAUAGGCGCCCCAAUUGCUAGCAACCUGCUGGCUCUCGACCUCGAACGUAACCCGAGCACCAGUGCUGCAGACUACGGGCUCUCCUUCACCCUGGAGCCAUUGGAAGUGCUGUACAUCGAGCACACCUUCACGGAACUGAUAAACUUCUUCCAAACCCACUCGAUGACGUCAGAAGAGUUGGCGGAGGAAGUGGCGGGUGCUGCGAAGCAGGCUGCUGGCGUCAGCAAAUCAGUGCUAGCGUACGCAGUCAGCCGACGCAAGCUGUUCCAGAUCAAUGUGGACAUCAAAGGACCCUGCAUCGUUAUACCUGAACAUGGAUGUGUCCACAAGUCCGGUCGGAUGAUGGUAUUGGACAUCAGCCGCAUCAUCAUAAAGUCUGACCUGCAGCCGCCCAACUUGGCUCUUGAGGAUGCCACGUGCAUGGAACUGGAGGAGCGUCUCUACGAUCGACUUCAUGCUGAAUGUUCCUGUCAGCUCUUGUUUUGCGAGUGGAAUGAACCUUGGCGUGAGAUGCGGAAACACUCAGAUUCGGAAUUGCAUCUCAUACCCAAGAUACGAGCACUUCUGGUCUUCUCCAACAGCAUCAAAAAGGAAUACAAACUACUACCCAGGUACAAACUCAAUCUAUCCCUGUCGAGCUUCAAGUUGAACCUUUCUGACCGCAUCAUUGGUCUGAUGAUGGACUUCGUCGACAAUCUCCCGGUACCGGUGCCGAAUACAGUGCCGGUAUCGUUCCUGGACUCGGGAGAUCACGAGGAGGACGACCCUGAGCUCGCGGAGACGAUGCAGCAGGAUCUGGUGACGGGAGAUCCGGGAUAUAAUGAGUUAAUACGAUUGCGACAAAAAAUUGUCGCUACUUGUCUGAGUAGGAACAAAGCCGAAACCCAAGAUGAAACCUCUCGUGCGCCUCUAGGCAGCCUCGCAGCCGAACCAGCUUUCUCCUCCACGGAGCACACUGACGAGGAGUUGGAACUCUACGCCCGUUCUGUGGACUUGCCUGGCUUUGAUGAUAAUGUGUCGCCUAAUAACACCAUAGGGGUUCUGCUUCGGUUCGUUAUAGGUGAGAUAGUCAUAAACCUGUCCCGUUCUACUGACCAAACGGAGAAGCCGUACAUCAUGUUAAGCAUCACGAAGGUCUGCCUGGACGUGGCACUCAUGGAAUACGGUCCAGCCGUCCAGCUGUCCAUUGGACAGGCGCUUCUAACUGACAAGCAGCACCACAGCAGCACCGGACAGUACCUCGAACUCCUCACCAGCUCUGGUGAACUCUUCAAUUUGCUGUACCGAAAGGUGCGUGCGGAUUGUCCGGAGUUCCGCUCACAUUUCCACAGCGUGGAACAGUCGCUGGUGGCUGAUGCUGGCCAGCUGGCGCUGCUGCUGCACGCCGAUGCCCUUCGCACCCUCAUGAAGUACACCCAGUAUAUUUGUGACAAGAUUCAAACCCGACACGCAUUAAACUUGAAGAAGAUAGUUGUGCCGAAGACCAAGUCGUUAUGGGAGUACCUCAUGAAACCAGAGGAAGAUCCGCCCGUGCCCUCAGGAGCAACUAAGUUCAGCUAUUCCGUCAGGGUCACCUCUGUAUCUAUGAGGCUGUGUCAUCUGGACUGCUCGCUGGUGGAGAUCCGGCUGGCGGGCCUCGAGAGCGACUGCGUGUUCCGGGCCAACGACCGCAUGAUCUUUAAGCUGUACCUCAGCUCGUUGCAUCUCGAUGAUUUAUCUGAAGCAACUCUAUACCCUAAGCUGGUAUGGCCUGAUGAAGAUAAGGUACUGGAAGUGAAGUACGUGCGCGCAGCGCCGCGGUACUACGGGACUGCGCCCCAGUUGAAGGCUCAUGGGGAACUACGUGUGUACCUCGGCCGAUUACACGUGGUGUUGUUCUACUCGGUUCUACAUCAUCUGCAGCAAUUCGUGGAGCCACUGAUGCCGAGCAGCGCAGCCACAGCAGUAGGGGCUGCGGAGCGCGCGGCUGAACAACGAGCGAUGGAGCUACGUCGCGCUACCACACGUCUCAGUCUUGCCAUUCAGAUCCAUGCACCAAUAUUGCUAUUACCCCAAAAGCCUUCGUCGCCCAACCUCCUGGUGAUCAAUAUGGGAGACCUUCUAAUAGAGAACUUCUUCAAGCAAGCAAACGCGAGUCAAGAGGCGACAAGUCCGAUGCAGAAUCCAAUCAUAGACAAUAUACUGAUGAAACUGGUAAACAUCACGUUGUCCAGAGCUGUGAUGACACUGGCCGGAACAUUGGAAAUGCAAGAACCGAUCCUAGAACCAGUAUCGGUUCGAUGUGAUAUUCAGCGUGCCCUGCGCCGGGAGACGGCACUAGAAGCAGAUGUGGUGAUGGACACGGUCCUCGUGAACCUGGGACAGAAGGACCUCGCCACCAUCCUUGCAGUCUGGGCUGAUAACCUCAGCAACGAACCCUGUAUUGGAAAUAUAAUACCAAGUUCACCAGUUGAGGCACCGGCCACAGACGCGUCAGUUAAAAAACUACAAGCAUUUUUCGCCCAAGGAGAACCUAUUAGGAAGGAAGCUGUAUUAAGGUUUACCUUAGACGGGGUCGAGUUAAAACUGUUCUCGGAUAUGGACGAGGUCCUCAGCUCACCGGUUCGUGAUUUGAACCACGGCCUGGCCAAGUUGACAGCUGGCGAAGCGACCUUACAACUCGACUGGUAUUCAGACGGCAGUGCUGAAUUGCGGUCCAGUUUGCAGAGUUUGCUGGUUGAGGAUAUAAGGCCAGACACUUCUAUUGCUAUUAAACGUGUGGUGCAGUGCAGUGGAGGCGCGACGCGCGCAGCGGGCGGGUGGCGCGUGCGGCGGCCGGCGCUGCUGGAACUCAGCGCGCGGCGCGCUGGACACAGCGCGGCCAUGCUGGACGUGCGCGUGGACCGCGUGCGCUGCAACCUCGCGCUGCCCUUCCUGCUGCAGCUGGCGCGUACCGCGCUCGACGCCGUGCCAGGUGAGAAGACGAUGGAUGGUGGUGUGGUGAACCAUGGGUACGUGGGUGAGCUGGGAGCUCCGCGCGCCAACAACAACCGUGCAGCCAGCUCUAGCGACUCCACCAGCGGAUACUACUCUGCCACAACAUCAUUAUCAGAAGAAGCUCCUGGUCUUUCAAUCUCAAUCCAAUUCCGACAGCCAGAAGUAAUGUUCUUCACUGACCUCGGUAAAUCUGAUGGCCACGCCCUUCUCUUGCGGACAGAACUUUUGAUCGACUACUCCAGUCAUUCUAACAGCGAGAAUCUAGUGGUAUCUCUAGCUGGUCUCCAAAUAAUGUCCAAGCUGCAGUCCAAAUUGAAGAAUCUCCCCCCGCAACUGGUGCUGAAGCCAUGUGACGUAGAGUUCUCCAAGAGUUUCAAGAAUGUGGAGGAAGGUGUCAAAGUAAAGUUAUCGGUAUCAGAAAUCGAAGUUCAUAUAGCAGCUACGACUGUCCAUACUAUUAUGGAUAUAAUGGAAGAGGUGACAUCAGAAUUAACAGUUCCUGACGAGAAGGAUUACUUCAACUUUGCAACAUAUAACCCCAAACCAGAGAAACCGGACGAUGAUCUGUGGUCUCCCAAGAAAGUGACUCCUUACGUUCUACUUACCCACGAUGAUACUUAUACACCACCAAAGUACCCCAUAAUCAAGCCGACAGAGAGCUUUCUCAUGUCUGUUCCCAAUGUUAGAGUUAUAUUUGAAAUUGAACAUAACGUAAGGGUUCCAGUAUUGAUGAUGAAGAUGUCAGGUGAACUGUCGCUCCAAGAGUGGUCCCGGCAGCUGCAAGGCACAGCUUGGCUGCGGCUCCACGCGAGCUGCUAUAACGAGCGAGUGGACGCCUGGGAGCCGGUCAUAGAACCGGUAGUCUGUGAUGAGAACAUCUACAGACCCUGGGAGAUUACCGCAACCCUAUUUCAGGCCAAAGCAUAUCCCAUGUCAUCACGUCUCGACACCGUCCAACCAGAAACUGAGAGCGAUCACUCUCCCGAUGGGUCGAAAAGGUCUAGAAAAAGGAGUGAAUUUGAAUCAGAGACAUCCGCUGACGAGUGCGACACCGACAACGAAAUGACGUUUAUCAGGAAUCCGAACAAAGAUAACAAACACUACAACGUUGAUCUCAGCGCUGGGAGCAUGUCGUUCUUAGGUGCUUUAGAUAUAGACGAGUCAGACUCUGAAAAUGAGAACGGGCUGAUGGACAAAUUGGCUACUGCAAUUGGACAUCUGUUUACUGAUGAUUCGAGUGCAGAUGAGAUGAGUAAUGAUGAAGAUUCAUCAGCGCCUGAACAGAGUGAGCCUGAGGUUGCGACUGACCAAGAAGAUGAUGACAAUAUCGAGACCUAUGUAGAUGGGCACAAGGGGAAGAAAGAGGUUGAACAUAAAACUGUCACACUGCAGGAGCCGGUCCGUGAAGAUAGCGUGGACUCGGGCCUGGAGGCGGAAAGUUUCGCAGAGCGCAUGUGCACGUACGUGAUGGUGGAGGCCCGGCACGCCCUCAAUGUGACGGUGACUCCGGCGGGCGCGCGCUCGCUGCUGGCGCUGGCCACCGCCUGCAGCGACCGCACCGCUGCUGUCACCGCCAUCGUCACCGCAGACUCGGGACUCGUGCUCGUCAAUGAUAUCGGACCUGGAUCGACGGUUCAUCUGAAGACUCGUGCCGAAACAGAUCUAGCAGGCAACGAUCGUGUGCUCGCUAUAGCAGACUACGAUGUGGACACAAGCAGACCUAGUACACCGGGUUGCGAUACCUCAUCGGCUGAUAUUCUGGAUGAGGCGCCAGUGAAAAUUGAAACGUCCGACGUAAGCGAUGACUGGGAGUGCAGCUUCGAAGGCGGGUUUCCAGCGGGCGCCAUGUCUCCAAUACCACCACCCGAGUACUCCCCCGAGGCACCGCCGCCCCCUAAAGAUCUCCGUACCAAGGUCACAGAUCUUACUCUCAGCAUACGGCUCCAUGAUCUCGAUCAUCUAACUAUAUUGUGUCCACAACGCAACGUCUCCAAGUUACACGUGUUGCACCCGAGCAAGAAUUCUACCCGCUACUACAUUGUAGUGGAGAGAACUUCCAAAUACAACAACAAGAAGAUUGUUGUCCGCUCCCCGUUACAGCUGCGUAAUGAGACCUCGUACGCGUUGGAGUUGUUCUACAAGAAGACGGAUUUGCAAGCGGUCGGUGCUGACCUGAUAGGAGCGGCUAUAAAUCCAUUCGACGACAAGAUGCGGCUGGCGGUGGUGGCACCGCAAGAUACUUAUAACAUCCCGCUCUACAUUGCCUACCAUUGCAAACUGUUCUUGCUGCCUUCCAACUUCGAGAGUUACCAGACAGCCACACAGGGUAUCUGGUGGAUGGAGUUGGCAAAUGAUAUAGGCACGGCGCGUGACGUGGUCUGCCCAGCCAAAGACGACGGCGAUGAUAGAAUAUUUUCUAUGAGGAUAUUGACUGUUGAAGGUUGUCAAUCGCACAAAGUGGCCAGGACCAUACCAAACUACUUAAUCCGCGUUGUACCGCCCCUUGCGAUAUACAACCGGCUACCGCACGCGCUGCAGUUUAGCACUGCGGGAGCUGCGGGGAGUGACGUCACGGGGAGCGCGGGGGGAUGGCGCGCGCGGGUGGAAGCAGGCGAACGCGCGCACACGCACGCGCUCGAUCUCACGCGGACGCAUCGUAUUACUCUUGAAAUGCAAUACAUGGGGCUACCGUGGACUGGCAGUUUCACGUUGUCGCCAGAUUUGACUGAGAAGAACAUAAGUAUGGGCAGCGAGUAUGAGGCAGAGGGGAAGAAUGGUAAACAGGUGCUGGUGUGUGUGCGCGUGGAACGCAACGAGUGCUGGCAACUGUAUGUGCAUGCGCAGCACUGGAUCAUCAACAAGACUGGCCUGCCAUUGCAGCUGAAGUGCCAGCAUGCAGAGACGUGGCACGCCGUGGCGGAGGAGCCGCUGCUGCUGGGCGCGGCGCGGCGCGUGCGGCUGCGUGCGCACCAGUCGGCGUGGUCGCGUGCCGCGCCGCUCGCCGCCGCCGCGCCCGGCCUCAUCGUCUGCGCGCACACAGAGCGCCGCACGCUCUACCGCCUGCUGCUACAUGUGACGCUAUCAGAGCUAUGUCCACAAUUGACAAAGAUCGUGACACUGCUACCGUACUUCAUUGUUUAUAACGACACGAAACGGCACCUACGGUUCAUGGAGGAGAACGAGGCGGCAGACCUCUGGUUCGACCUAGCACCCCAACAGUGCACCCCAUUCUGGCCCCAAACCGAUUCUAUGUCGAUGCAUUGCAAGUAUAGAGAUUCGACAGUGGUAUCACAACAUUUCCCGAUUACAAAGAAUCACUACACAGUGUUGAGAAUGGAUAAAGGGACAGCCAUCUGCGUGGAUGUGACUGGAGGGACAGACCGUCCAUUUACUAUUACAUUCAAGCCGUACGCCAUCGGAGACGCACCAGUGCGUAUUGACAACUUGUGUGAUGAUCUGUUCCUGAAGCUGCACCAGGAGGAGUCAGGCCAAGUGGCAUUACUGAGCCCAUACCAGUCUAUGCUAUAUACUUGGGACGAUCCAGCCAAAGAGAGAAAACUGAUUUGGAACAUUUAUAACAAUAAAGCAAAGGGAUUCGUUGCAGAUUUCAACCAGGAUGGUUUCGGAGAAGAAAAGGUUAGCUUUCACUCAGUGAAACAUUCGACUCUCGUAGCGACUAACAGUGUAACAUCAAAACUAUCGUCAACACUUAAACGCCUGACUCCCAAGUCACCUGAACCUUGUACCUCUAGCAGCGAUGACUCGGAUAGCUCAGACAUGCCAGAAUCUCACUCAAAGACUAAAAAAAUGAGAAAGGACAAAGUGAUAGUGUACUGGAUCUCUUAUAUGGAGGGAUAUCAAAGAGUAUUCGCAUUGGCUCAAGAUGAAAGGAUAGCUUCUCAGUACAGAAUGAGAAUAAGUGCAGAAAGGAGUAAUUAUGAGGUCUACAUGUCUUUAUCUGGCGUCAGUUUGUCUGUUUGUGUUCAAUCAAACAACGCCGUUAAAGAAUUAGCAUUCAUGAGUAUAACAGAUUCAUUACCAAGAUGGGAAGUGCAUGUGAGCUGCAAGUGGAAGCAGCUGUCACCAGACCUGACAGCGUGGAUAGAAGAUAAGUACCAGACGGAACAAAAGAAAUGCCAGUUAAAAGAAUAUAUACAUAUAGAUUUGGAGAAAAUGCAAAUGACGAAACCGUUCUUCUCAGAAUUACGACGGACGUACAAUCCAGGCAUAUGGUUACAAUUCCGCAAGUCUGAUACCUACACGUACUGUUAUUUAAAAGUACAGAGGCUGCAGAUAGACAACCAACUGAACGAAGCUGUAUUUCCCAGUGUACUAUACCCUGCACCGUUACCUGCGGAAUUAAGGUCCAAUAGAGAUUUCAAACCCUGUAUAGAGCUAGUUGCUCUGAAACAGCACAGGCCAUCUCUUAACCAAGACAUAUAUAAGUAUUUAAAAGUUCUCAUUCAAGAUUAUUGUAUAAAUUUGGACAGAGGUUUUGUAAACCAUAUUUUUGAUAUAUUAAACCAUUGGAAGAUUGAAGAAAAACCUGCAGUUAAACUCCGCGCUGACCUCGCGUUAGUUCAUUUACCUUUACCGAUUAUAGCUAUGAGGAGUCAGACAAAUGUGCAAAGAAAUAUAAUAUUUGAGUAUGUUCACUUGUCUCCGAUAAAGUUGGUGCUGAGCUUGUCGUCCAGAGGCUACCUGGCUGAGAACGCUAAUAGUCCAAGUGGAACUCGCUUUGGCAACAAGAAAGAAAAUCGGCCUAAGUUAUUCAAUAGCGAUCUUCUUGAGUACCUGUUCAACUCCUGGGGAUCUUCACUGUGUGAUAUGAAAGAUGUUGAAAUGAAGAUGAGUUUCUUGGAAGUCCGUAACGCUCCAAUAACGAUGUCUGCGCUACUGGAUAGCGCCUCCCGCCACUAUUGGACACAGCUGGUGCAACAGUUCUAUGUACUGGUGCUGGGUCUCAAUAUCCUCGGGAACCCGUACAGCCAUCUGGGAGACUUCGCCAAAGCAUUGAAGAAUUAUUACGAGCCCUGUUUCGGUACUAUAAUGGGUCGCCGAGUGCUGGAUGUUGCAAGCAAAUUGGCGUACAGCGCUGCAGCGCUUCUCGGACAACGAGCCAGCUCUGACACUGCAAGCGCGGUGUUCGACGACGUACCACGGGCUAAGAUCAGACGGCGUCCAGGUGAAGAUGAAUCAAUAAAGAAUGAUCUGCCUGGGCCAGUAGUGGUGGGCGACCACGAAAACCCUACGAGUGUAGCGCUUGCACUUACCGGUCUCAUAGCGCGUCCUAGCUUCGAAGACGACUGCAUUAUUGUGCGCAAUCUAUGUCGAGACGCGGCUCGCUCGUCGCUCUCCCGUCAGCUCGGGCUGCGCAACGCUGAAAGCACACUAAAAGCAUGCUUGGAGCGUAGCGGAGGAAGGCUGGUGGCACGGGCCCGCCUGCCCAGACAUUGUCUGCCUGCAGAUGGCGUGCGGCCGUACUCUGUGCACGCGGCGCUGGGGGCAGCGCUGCUAGGAUUGCUGGCCCGCGGACACUACGCCGAUACUGACGCUUAUGUUGCGCACGCGCAUCUAGCGCCACACUCACACUACACGCUAUUAGUUUCCACGCAACACGUGUUUAUGGUGAGAGCUGGUAGUAACGGCUCGUGGCACAUCGAGUGGGUGGUGAAACUGGACGAUCUGAUCGGCGUGCCGGCCAUACGGGAAGAUAAACUCAUUCUGAAUAUUAAACAGGAUGAAAUGGUGAGCUACUUCUCAACAGACGAGAAGAUAAUAGAAGUUCCCGAUCCUGAGGUGCUGAGUUGGCUGCAGGCAAAGAUAGAGUGUGCGCUCAUACUAGCAUUGGAAGACAAACGUUGCUCGGAAUAAAUAUAGAGACUAACAAUGGCCUACGAUAACCCUCAUGGAGUUAGCUAUAUGUUUAAUGGAUAUAAUUGUAGAUGAUAAAUUGUUUAUCAUACCACCUGAUGGUAAGUGGAAAUCGUUGCUUACGAAAUGAAAAUUCUUUAUUUGAUAUCCUCACAGAAAUAAAAAUAACAACAUAUAUAUACUAUUAUGUAAACAUAUAAAUAUGUAUAAACACAACAAUGAGCUAGAGAAAGAGGCAACAGUGGAUGGCCUUAUCGCUGAAAAUCUUUCAGGCAACCUUAGGACGAAGUUUGGUCGAGGUGUAAUAAUAAACAAUAUAGUGAGAAGUGAUGUUAAUAAAUAUACAUAUAAAUUACAUAUUUCGAAUACACAUAUGUAACUAUAAAGUACAUAUAUAUGUAUGUACAUACAUACAUACAAUAAUAAUGUAUAUGUAUAUCAUAUAUACAUGAAAAUCACUACAGACAUCGUUAACAAGUGAUGCCCGUAAUUACCAUUUUUAAAGACUACAAUGUUAUGUCUAUAGUCUAUACACAGCUUAUAAAGGAAGCUGCUUAGAUAAUUAGAUAAGAAAGAGGUCGCAGACGAAUUUGGAAGUCUCCCUCUAGAAGAAUAUGAAGGCUAAGAAGAAUACGACUGUAAUUUAACGACCUAUGUUUUUUCUCUCUCUUCGAGUUGAUUGUGUUAAGUGUGUAAUGCUGUGUUCGAAACAGCUGUCAGUAAUUAAAUGACGCCAUUUUGUUUUCUUUACGGAUUUGGAAACAAAUGACGAAGUAUUGAAUUUUUGAAAUAUUUACAUAUAUUUGAUGAUUGAAUUAUUAAAGUUCCAAUCGGGAAUAGGGGGUGUUCCAUUUGGGGUUGUUCAAGUAUUACGUAAGCAGAUUUAUUACAAUUAUUCACACCCCAUCCAAGGGGGAUGGAGGUCAGCAAAAGUAAGCAAGUCUUUU